UGUUGUGAUUGGCUCAGUGUUCAUAGCGGGGAAGUGCUCGUGGACCGGUAUCUCCCCGGUUGCGCAAGACGCCAUUUUGGAGUGACAGCGAGAGAUAGCGGAAAGAUCGAGAAGCGAGUCUUUGUGAAGCUUUGUCACCAUGGGGAAUGUGUUUGCAAGCUUGUUUAAGGGCCUAUUUGGCAAAAAAGAAAUGAGGAUCCUCAUGGUUGGACUUGAUGCUGCUGGAAAGACCACCAUCCUGUAUAAACUGAAGCUUGGAGAAAUAGUCACCACUAUACCCACCAUUGGUUUUAAUGUUGAAACUGUAGAAUACAAGAACAUCAGCUUCACAGUCUGGGAUGUGGGUGGUCAGGACAAAAUCCGGCCGCUGUGGCGCCAUUACUUCCAGAACACUCAAGGUCUGAUCUUUGUCGUGGACAGCAACGAUCGUGAGCGAGUGAACGAGGCCCGGGAGGAGCUGGCACGAAUGCUUGCUGAGGAUGAACUCAGAGACGCCGUGCUCCUGGUUUUUGCAAACAAGCAGGAUCUCCCAAAUGCGAUGAAUGCUGCAGAGAUCACGGACAAGCUGGGCCUGCACUCUCUCCGCCAACGCAGCUGGUACAUCCAGGCCACCUGCGCUACCAGUGGCGACGGCUUGUAUGAGGGUCUGGAUUGGCUCUCCAACCAGCUGAAGAACCCAAAAUGAUCCAUUCCAAUUGUUCCCAGUUUUCCUUUUUUGUUUGUUAAUUUUUUUUCUGUUUCCACACGACGGCAGCAGCGGAUCCAGGCUCCUAUGAUCCUUCGCUCCCAUCUAACCUCUUUAUGCCCCAGCUCUUUCUUUUCGACUACUUCAUUCCCCUCUCCUCACUUCUUGGGACUGUGUCUGUGAGUGAAUGUGCGAGCGUGUGCAUGUGUGGGUGUUAAGGUGUCUGUGUGUGUUGGCUGGGAUUGGGAGUAACCCUGGCGUGCCUUUUACACCUCAGUCUGGUUUUAAAACCCCUCCUCAACCAACCAAACCCAGCCUUUGCCCCACUUGGCCUCUUCCCUCUCUUGCACGCCCCCUCACCCUAACUCUAGAGAAAGCAUGGUUUUCAUACGGCAAAGAAAGAGCCAGGGUGUGCCCCCUCGCUGUAGUAAAUAUAUCUAUGUUCAGUAGAAGUGUUGGCCCGAUAUUUGCUCAUGUUCAUUUUAACAUUUUUGAUUUUUGAGACCCUCCAGUUAGAUUCAAUAAAUUGCAUCUUAACCUGUAUCAGGUCGAAGCAAAUCAAAAAAAAAAACUGAAAGUCAUCCAUCCUUGAUCAUUCUGGUGUCAUUUGAAAAUCAUGCUGUUCAUUUUAUUAUUAUUAUUAUAUUGGAGUAUAACAGAAUAUUCUUGAUGGUUCUCCAGAGAACACUACCUCCUUUCCCACCACCACCAGAGCGCGCUAAGCACAAGCCCAACAAUCUGAGAAAAGUAACCUCAACUAAAUUACAGUGUCUGACAUUUCAUCUCCAGGGUAACAAGUAUUUUACACUUCAGAUACUUUGUGUAAACCUCAAACAUACUGUGAUUGGUUAAGUAUUUUUACUUGCCAUCGAUGAGUUUCACACAAUUUUUUUGACUGGCCAAUUCCCUCAUCAUCAAUGGCAUUGUCAUCAGGAGGGUUUUUGCUUUUUUUUUUUAAAGUCUGAAAACGGUUGGCACGUCAUUGCAUCAACCUCAUCGUCUGGGUUGGGAUCGACGACUUUAACAUGAAGGUUCUUUGACUGAUUUGUUCGGAAGUGAACCAGUUUAGCUGUGACACUUGUGAUCACUGCGUACGUCAGCCAGCGCUUGGCCGUAUGCUCUGCGAUGCGCUGGAGGAUUCGGUGGCCUGUAGAGGGCGCAGAACCAGCAGGCAACACACCAAGGAGGUUCAGCUGGCACGUGUCAGAAAUGAUUGUAAAUCUGUAAAACUCCCCUGUAAACCGUUUCUGUGGGGAUUUUCUUCAACACAUUAAUAAACGUGAUUUGAUCCAA